AUGGAUAUAAGAAGUUUCUUUGGUGGAAAGAAGAGUGCCGGCCAGGAAGGCUCAACCGGAACAAGUGCGUUAUCAACUGUUCGGAAAGCUGCACCCACAACGCCAACUACUCAGCCUAAAAAGAGAUCCGACAAGUUGGUUCCAAACAAAUCUGAGCAGAAAGCAAAGAAGUCGAAGAAAGCUGCAGUUGUGGAUUCAAGCGAGAGCGAUGAUUCCGAUGGCGAGUCGCCAAUACCAUCGUCGUUGCGCAAAGAAGCCAUAAAGCAGAAGCGUUCACGAACACUUGUAAUCUCAGAUUCUGACGAAGAAGUACUGCCUAAGAAAGCUUCAAAGCCUCAAGUGAAGUCUGUAACUCCAUCUCCGGUGAAAUCCCCUCCGAAGGUGAAGAGAUCGCGACUCGUGGUGAGCGAUAGUGACGGAAGCAAUUCACCGUCUCCCAAGAAGCAAAGAUCAAAGGAAAAGCCCCGAGCACCAGCGCCUGAAUCUGGCGAUGAGGAGGCAAGUUCUUCGGCGAAUUUCAAUAUGUUCACACCAGACCUUACAGAAACUGACAGUGAAGAUGAGUUCAUGGAAAAGAAGAAACCGAAGAAGGGCACCUUCUCCAUACAGAAGAAGCUGGGUUUCGAAAAGAGCUCAAAGAAACCUACUCCAACAAAAGAUAAGAAAUCAGACGAGAAAUUGGAACGGGUCAGCGCCACAGAGCUCCUCGCAACUAGCAGAGCUGAUGAAAAGGCCGCACAUACUCCAAAGAAAAAAGCUGUACAAUCAAGAAGCCCUGAAGUGAGUCCAUCACAGAAAGAAAAUGCAAUUGCGAAAAAGAGUGAAAAGGCUAAGAAGAAGAUAGAAGAGAUUCAACUGGACAGCGAUGAAUCUCCACGUAAAACUGACAAGCACGUGAAAGGUCACAAAAAAGAGGCUGCUGCAAAAGAACCAGAGCUGGAUAAGAAGCAUCCCGAAGCAAUCGCGAAAAAGAGUGAAAAGGCGAAGAAGAAGAUAGAAGAGAUUCAACUGGACAGCGAUGAAUCUCCACGUAAAACUGACAAGCACGUGAAAGGUCACAAAAAAGAGGCUGCUGCAAAAGAACCAGAGGAUAAGAAGCAUCCCGAGCGCACGAUUUCUCCUCAAAAGGCUCAUAAAGGUAAAGACCUGAAGGGACAUGAUAAAAAAGCACAUGCUAAAGACCGAGCUCCCGAGGAGCUGAAGGUAGAGAAGGGAGAGAUUUUCGUUCCUUGGGUGGACAAGUAUCGACCGCGCACCGUUACACAGCUUGUUGGGCAGCAUGGUGAGAAAAGUCCAAUGAAUAAGCUAUUGGGAUGGCUCAAGGAUUGGGGUCGAAAUAAUCUAGGGGAAGGAGGAAGAACCAAAAAGCGUGAGUUGCUCAUUUCAGUUCGCUCCUUUCAGUUACUUCAUAGCAUCAAUUCAGCGAAACCUCCACCGUUUUUGGCCCAAACAGAUGGAGCUCCUUUCAAGGCUGUGCUUCUUUCUGGUUCACCUGGUGUUGGCAAAACAACAUGUGCCGUAAUGGCAUGCGAGGUGCUAGGCCUGAAAAUAGUGGAAAUGAAUGCAUCGGAUGUACGAAGCAAGAAGAAUUUGGAGCAACAGAUCACUCAGCUCACUGAAUCACACCAAAUUGAGGAGUAUUUCAUAGCAGCGACAUCUGAGAAUGAUGAUGAAGAGGUGAAACACGUUUUGAUAAUGGACGAAGUUGACGGAAUGAGCGGCACUGAGGAUCGCGCAGGGAUUGCGGAAUUGAUACAAAUUAUCAAGGAAUCAAAAAUUCCAAUAAUUUGCAUAUGUAACGAUCGGCAACACCCGAAGAUAAGAAGUCUCGCAAAUUAUUGCUUCGACGUACGUUUCCAGAAGCCGCGUGUGGAACAGAUCAGGGCGAGAAUGAUGUCAAUUGCCUGUCAGGAGAAAUUGAAAAUUUCAAAGGAGGAGUUAGACCAGAUGAUUGAAUUGUCAGGGCAUGAUGUUAGGCAGUCAAUCUACAACUUGCAAUUAUAUUCGUCAACUGGUGGACAGACUAAGGUGCAAAAGAAGGACGUUGCAGUUGGACCAUUUGAAGCAGCUCGGAAGCUGUUGGAUACGCGUUCCACUCUUCAAGAGAAGCAGGACAUGUUUUUCGUUGAUUAUGGUAUCAUGCCUUUAUUUGUACAAGAAAACUAUGUGAAUAUGCGGAAUGACAAGCAUACGCCCAAACAAGCUAUAGCUGGAUUGAGAAAAGCAGCUGAUCUCAUUUCACAUGGCGAUACUAUUGAGCGAUGUAUUCGUUCUUCUGGUUCCUGGAAAUUGUUGAACGAACAGGCAAUGAUAGGCUGUGCAUUGCCAUCCAUAGCAGUGGAUGGACAUCUUCGAGCGAUGAUUCAGUUCCCAUCAUGGUUGGGCAAGAACUCCACUGCUAACAAACGACAACGUCUCCUGAGGCAGCUUGCCACACAUACGCAUCUAAAGAUAUCAGCUGAUAAUUACUCACUAGUUGCUGACUAUGUGCCAGUUUUGCGUGACUGUCUCACAAAACCACUCCUGGAAAGGGAAACUGACGGAGUAUUCGAGGUGGUAUGCACCAUGAAUGAUUAUGAUUUGAUACGAGAAGAUGCUGAGGCUGUGUCAGAGUUGGCAGUAUGGCCAGGGAAAAUUGAUCCAGCCAGCAAAAUUCUUCCGAAGGUCAAAGCCGCACUGACGAGGGCCUUGAAUAAAGAAUAUCGAACUUUGCCCUAUCCAACUGAUGACAUUGGGAAGACACGCAGAAAGGCUCAACAGCCAGAUUACGGUAUUGUUUCAGUAGUUUGA